AUGCGCCUGCAAGGUAAACAUCCGGUCAACGGUGCGGUUUUGAAAGAGCUUUGGCAACAAAGCCUGCUCAUUGAACUGUGGCCCGAGUCGAUAUCAGUGAUAUUACUUGGUAUUCGCAAUACCGUGAAGGAGGAUAUUCGUUGCACUCCAGUUCAACUUGUCUAUGGACAAACGUUACGUCUUCCCGGGGAUAUGCAGACCAUGUUUUCUUACAUGGUUUCUCAACUACCGUCCGAGGUUGCCACGGAGGUUGUUGACCUGAUGGAUCCUAUGUUGGCAUCAAAUCCCUACACCACACUAAAAACAGCAAUUAUUAAACGGACAGCCACUCCGGACGAAGCGAAUCUGCAAAAAUUGCUUGCAGGGGUCAAACUGGGCGAUCGCACAACUUAG